UAGUCGCGGGAUACUUGAACUGCACGAACAGCCGCAGCGCCGGGGCGGGCUGCUCGCUACUCCUCCCGGUUGUCUUUGGUCCCCAGCGCCCGGCAGUGCCCGCCUGCGCCUUUCGCAGCCCUCUCGGCCCUUCGCGGUCCCGAGCCGGGUGAGCAGGCGGGCAGGCUGGCCCGGCCUGUGGCAGGCGGCGACGGCUGGGGCGUUCCUUGGCGGGGUUGGAGAGACCGGUCGGCUGGGUGGAGUGCACGCUGCUUGGCGCCCCAGCCUGAUCCAGCCGCCCUCCGCCUGGAGCAGCGAUGUUGGGCAGCUCCGCGCCGGGUCCUGCGACCCGCGAGGCGUGCUCGGCACUGCUAACGCUGCAGCAGACGGCGCCCCAGGAGGACCAGGAGAACAUCAAUCCCGAGAAUGCGGCGCCCGCCCAGCAGCCGCGGACCCGGGCCGCGAUGGCGGCAUUGAAGACCGGGAACCCGCGGGGUGCAGCACCGCAGCAGAAGCCCAAGACGCGACGGGUUGCACCUCUUAAGGAUCUUCCUAUAAAUGAUGAACAAGUCACCAUCCCUCCUUGGAAAGCAAACAGCAAACAGCCUGCAUUCACCAUUCAUGUGGAUGAAGCAGAAGAGAUUCAAAAAAGGCCCGCUGAAUCAAAAAAAAUAGACCAUGAAGAUAUGCUGGCUUUUAAUUCAGCUAUUACUUUACCUGGACCAAGAAAACCACUGGUACCUCUUGAUUAUCCAAUGGAUGGUAGUUUUGAGUCACCACAAACUAUGGACAUGUCAAUUGUAUUAGAAGAUGAAAAGCCAGUGAGUGUCAAUGAAGUACCAGACUAUCAUGAGGAUAUUCACACAUACCUUAGGGAAAUGGAGGUUAAAUGUAAACCUAAAGUGGGUUAUAUGAAGAAACAGCCAGACAUCACUAACAGUAUGAGGGCUAUCCUCGUGGACUGGUUAGUUGAAGUGGGAGAAGAAUAUAAAUUACAGAAUGAGACCUUGCAUUUGGCUGUGAACUACAUCGACAGGUUCCUUUCUUCAAUGUCUGUUUUGAGAGGAAAGCUGCAGCUCGUGGGCACCGCUGCUAUGCUGUUAGCCUCAAAGUUUGAAGAAAUAUAUCCCCCAGAAGUAGCAGAGUUUGUGUACAUUACAGAUGAUACCUAUACUAAGAAACAAGUUCUGAGAAUGGAGCACCUAGUUUUGAAGGUCCUUACUUUUGACUUGGCUGCACCAACAAUAAAUCAAUUUCUUACCCAAUACUUUCUACAUCAGCAGCCUGCAAACUGCAAAGUUGAAAGUUUAGCAAUGUUUUUGGGAGAAUUAAGCUUGAUAGAUGCUGACCCUUACCUAAAGUAUCUGCCAUCCGUUAUUGCUGGAGCGGCCUUUCAUUUAGCACUCUACACAGUCACUGGACAAAGCUGGCCUGAAUCUUUAGUACAGAAGACUGGGUACACCCUGGACAGUCUCAAGCCUUGUCUCAUGGACCUUCACCAGACCUACCUCAAAGCACCACAGCAUGCACAACAGUCAAUAAGAGAAAAGUACAAAACCUCCAAGUAUCACGGUGUUUCUCUCCUCAACCCACCAGAGACACUAAAUGUGUAAUAGUGGAAAGACUGCCUUUGUGUUCUAAGAUGUAAAUCACUCGAAAAAUAUGGUGUACAGUUUUUAUCUUAGGUUUUAAAUUUAUAAUCAUUUCCAAAUUACAAGUUAUGGCCAAGUACAAAUUAUGGUAUCUAUUCCUUUUUAAAUGGUUUUAAUUUGUAUAUCUUUUGUACAUGUAUCCUAGAUAUUUGGCUAAUUUUAAGUGGUUUUGUUAAAGUAUUAAUGAUGCCAGCUUUUAGGAUAAUAAUAAUCAAUAAAUUGAUUUGGAAAGUGUUUGCAAGUCACAUUUAUAUUUGAGAUAAAAAUCUGACUUUUUCAGGAUUUCACUUUGAAAAGUUAUUAACUUGGCCUUCCUGUACAAUGGGGAGUGGGAGCCUUCCCUUGAAAUUAGUUUUUAGGAAAAUGGACCCUCAAGAUAUGACGUUUUCCUCGGCAACUGGACCAAUCUAAUCUGCUGACUUGGCCUCAUCUAAGCAUAUGGGGAAGCAAUCUGCACUUAUCAGUACAGUGAAGACCUUUAGCUAUUUCAGCUCGUGGACAGCCUGUGCAAAUGCUUUUUCAUCCCUCCUCACCUUUUACACUUUACCCAGGUCAUGGUUACUUAAAACCUAUUAAGGUUUUCAGAGGACGAAAACAACAGAGGUUAUGGAUGAAGUGGGAAGCUUUUGUGCACACAGACAUUAAGUUCUCCAGAAGUUUAUUUUAAAACAUAAUGUAAAAAAGGCAAAAAAAUAAAAAAUAAAAAAAGACUAUAUAUGAAAAUACACUAGAUUUUAUAAUGGAUUUGUGAAUAAAAAAAUACCCAGGAUUGUUAGCACUGAAUAAAUAUCCUUUUAAUAGUUAUAUGCAACUGUUAGCUUUAAUUAGCAGCUCUCUUCUUUUUUCUCUUUUUCACUGGCUU